AUGCACGUCUCUCUUAUCGCCUACGUGGCUGUCAUGGUCACUGGUGUAAUUGCCGCACCUGGUGGUGCUUCCCGUGGUAACGUUGGAUACAAUGACCACUGCAACAACAACAAUGACUGCGUCGUUGGUUCAUUCUGCAUCGAGAGCAAGUGCAGCGUCGGCCGUGACCUCGAAGACAACAACAGCGAGACAUGCACCCAAGACGCCGAAUGCGCCGUCGGCUCUUUCUGCAUCAACAAGAAGUGCUCCGUGGGCCGCGACUUCGAAUGCACCCUAGACACUGACUGCGUGGCUGGUUCAUUCUGCAUCGAGAACAAGUGCUCCGUUGGCCGUGAUCUUGGUGACAAUAUAGCAAAGGAAUGCAGCACCCACGAGGAAUGUCCUGUCGGCUCCUUCUGUACCAACCACCAAUGCUCUGUCGCCCGCAUGGCCGCCCGCGACCUCGACGAGUUCCUCGGUGAAUGCAGCACCCAUGAAGACUGUGGCGUUGGGUCCUUCUGUGUUGCUCACUGGUGUACCGUCGCCCGUAAGCUCGGAGACGGUAGCAUGAACCUUGCUGCUCGUGAUGUCGUUGCGGAGGAUGAUGACUACUGGUACCUUGAAGCCCGCUCUGCAGUCGAAGUCCUCGACGAGCUUUCCGGCCGCAACGAGAAGCGGAAGCCUAAGAACAAGUGUCCCAAGAAGUGCGGUGGUGGCAAGCACUGCUGCUCGAACCACUUCUGCAAUCCUCCUAACUGUUAUGGGGAGUUUUAA